UUAUAUUUAGUCAGCACACUCACACCCACCUGUUCUGUUCAGACUCACCUCAGAUUGUUAAAUGCUGACACGUCACUGCUGAAGGCGUAUGUACCAACACUUACUGCACCAGUGUCGUGAGAACACAACACUGCAUGGAGCUGCUUGGUUCUUGAGAUUGCUUCUACAUGAAUUCGCGUCAGUCAGCUGUUCCACUGGUCAUUGGUGUCGCUGCGUCUGUGGUGGUUUUAUAUUUUUUCAAGUAUAAAUGGAGUCAACUUCGAAACAAAGGAAGCAAGAAGCGAGAUCCCACCACAGCAGAGGAAACGGAACCAGAGGCUCAGAUCACAGGAGGAAAUAACCAUCCUGAAAAUGAAAGGGCCAAAGAUGAGGAUGAGCAGCUGGAGGAGGAAGCGAAGACAGAACCUAAGGACCUGCAGAACCUGAAGGAGGAGCUGGAGGCCAAGAACAAGCAGCUGCAUCAGCACAAGAUGGAGGUUCAGAGUCUCACAGAGAAGAAUGAGGAAUUGGAGAAACAGCUGACUGAACUGAGGAAGAACAAUGAGCAGCAGAUAAAAGGUAAAGUAGCUGAAGUGGAGGUUCAGCUGAACCAGGAGCAACAGAGACGAUGGGAAGCUGAGAAGAACCUGCAGAACCUGAAGGAGGAGCUGGAGAGCGAGAACAAGCAGCUGCAGGAACAGAAGGAGUCGCUGCAAAAGAGAGACGAGGCGUUGGAGAAACAGCUGAGUGAUCUGAGGGACGAGGAACAACGCAAGGUAGAACCUCCUGCUCCUGAGGUCACUGUGACCAGCUCACAACACCGGGUCAUUUAAUGAGCCUCUUUUCUCUC